AUGGCUUCCAUCGCUGUCGGCGAGUAUCAUCCAGCUCCUGAUGGCGCCAGCAGAAGUCCCUGCCCCGUCGUCAACGCUCUCGCCAACCAUGGCUACAUUGAACGCAGUGGAAAGCAAAUCCUCAUGAAGGAUCUCAAUGCAUCAAUGAGACAUGUUGGUAUGAGCCCUCUUCUCGGCUCUGUCUUCGCCAUCCCAACCUACUUUGAGUACCACAAUCCCGCCAAAGCGUAUCUGAGGACACCUCCCAGCACCUGGCAGAGGAUCUGGGCAAUCAUCAAGAAUCCUUACUCAUUCUUUGACUACUUCGGUUGCUGGAAUACCGACCAGAUGAUUCGUGGCAAGAAAUAUCUCAAUCUUGACAAUCUCGCUGCCCAUGGUGCAAUUGAGCACGACGUUUCUCUGUCGCGUCGAGAUAUUGGCCAAAAGCAGGGAAACAACGCCCCUCAACAUGAUUUAAUCGAGGAACUCCUUCAAUACACUAUGGACGGAGAGACAAUGACCAUUGACGACCUUGCAUGUUUCGUUAAAGCCCGCAUCGCGAAGCAACUUGAGGAUAACCCAGAGCUGGUGUAUGGACCAGCUGAGCAUCAAGUCAACUGUGGUCAGAUCGCACUGAUGAUGGGUUGCUUUGGUGAUCAGAAAACAAUUAAGGUUGACUACGUUAGAGCCAUCUUUCAGGAUGAAAGGCUGCCCAUCGAGGAGGGGUGGACAAGACGAUACUGGUGGACCAUGGGUCUGGUCGAGUUCUUCGGUGCUGUGAAAAACUUGGUCAAUAAAGUUGGCGUAGAAUUUUAG